AUGAGGUUUCGGCUUUUGCUGAUUUUAGCAAGUCUUGUGGUUGUUGAAGCGUCGUUGAAACGUAAGUUGCAAUUGUAAAUUGUCAUCGAAAAGAUACUUUGCCACCAAAAAGGUACUUUCCUUGUUAGUGACACUUUUGGGUAACCGCGACGUCGGCGUCGCAACCACUUCGCGGGCAGCCGAUAUUUAUCGAUUAGAAUUACGAUUUUCCUCCCGCAAUCUACGUAGUAUGAUAGAAAUUUUGCAUUGACAGCUCCCUUGGACUGUUAAGUUUACGAAUCUCCUUGGUUCUUCUCUAUGCCCGCAAAGUGGUUGCCCGCAAGUAUGGGCCCGCCGCUACGUCCUUUCGGUCUUAGGUCGUCCAGAAAGUUCGUUCGUUUUUUUCAUUCCUAGUUUUACGAGGAUUGUUUGUUGUUUGGCAAAGGGUAUAUAUUUAUUUGAUACAGCCAGUUUUGUAGAGGAGAAAAAGCUGUAUCAAAUAUUAGGUUGGGGAAUAAGUUCGUAGAGCUUUUUAUUGUUUUGUUUUGCAAGGAUUGUUUGUUGUUUGGCAAAGGGUAUAUAUACUUUUUGAUACAGUUUUUUCUCCUCUACAAAACUGUGUUUUUAGUUUUUUUUUGAAAAUUUAAUUUUUUAUAAUUUUUUGGGCUUAAAAAGUUUUUGAGGUCCUCUUCGCCAUCGAAUUUUUCACCUCGGAUUUGGUUUGACAGAAAGCGGAAAAGGUGGUAAUCGGUUGGCGCAAGGUCCGAGAGUAUGGUAGAUGCUAAAUAGCCUCCCAUUCGAACUCAUGGAGUGCGGUUUUGACGACUUGUGCAACAUGAGAGCAAGAUGACUCGUGGAGCAAGAUGACUUGGCCUUGAUUUCAGUCGAAUAGCCCGAUUUUCGAGGUGUAGUUGGGCAUCAUAGAGCUCCUUGUUGACAGUGGCGUUCUUUUGAGGCAUGUCCCAAUGCACCAUGCCUUCCCAGUCCCCCCAAAUGCAGAUCAUGGCCUUUUUGGGUGGGGAUCUUGCUUGACUGUCCCCUGGGGCCACCCACUCCAGGAAACAGUCAACAUUUUGCUUUAUAUUGACGUACAGACACGAUUUUCAUCCCCGAUGAUGAUUCGAUACAAAGACCGCCGUUUGCGUCCACGUGCUGCUCGGCGAAAAAAGCAGGUGUCGAAAACGCAAAUUUUUGCCUCCUAGAUGGUUCACUUUUAAGCCCAAAAAAUCAUUAAAAAUUAAAUUUACAAAAAAAACUAAAAGCACAGUUUUGUAGAGGAGACAGAACUCUUUCGAAUGCAUAUAUAAACUUUUCCAAACAACAAACAAUCGUUGCAGGACGAGGCAAUAAAGAAAUCGUUGCGGACUUAUUCCCCAACCUAAUACAUAUGUUCCAUUUGCCGAAGAACAAACAUUCCUUGUAAAACAAAGCAAUGAAAAAACGAACCAACUUUCUGGACGACCUAAUAAAACUGUCCCGAAACAAAAUUUCCGUCAUUUCAGCCACCGUAUUCGGUGCGGUCAACCGAAAACGCUCCCCAUCGGCACCAGUGAGUCCACUGAAACUAAUCAGCAUCGAGACGGUCUGCAAGGCGUCGGGAAUUUCGAUUCACAUCCGCACUGAGCGCAAAUUCACGGGCCACAUCACAACGUUGCUGGAUCCCGUUGUUUUCCGUCACGCUUAUCACAAUGCGGACGAAAUCAACUUCCAUUUGUGCCACUUCCAGCCCUUCGACAAUGGAGAGCAGUUUGGGUUGAGGGGGCAAGACGAUCCGAAUGGAGUCCAAUCGGACGGAAGCUUCAGCCGCUUAAUGCAUGACGUUGAUGUUUUGCCGGAUGUGCGCACGCAAGAUAUCGAUGGUCAGCUGAAUGUGCCCGUCUGUGAUUUGUACUUGGAGAAGGGCAGUGGUAGGUUGAAAGUGACUAGCAAACACAGCUAGGCCAAACACGUCGCUGACAUUACGCAGUCCCCUUGUUGACGCCAAAUUUCAGCGUUCGGAAAUAUUGUCGUUCCCGGCUCCUAUCGGGCUCAAGUCGUCCUCCAAGCACACGGACUCAAUGCGCCCGAGAUUGUGACUCAUCAAGACCAGAUCAUCCAAGUGUCUUGUGACUACACCGAAUUCUUGAGGAAGCAUUACUUCAACACGACGGACCGCUUCAUCCCCGAGGCCUUUAUCGGCGGCUUCAGUCAAGUUUUCCCCAACGUCGAGGGCGGAGAGAAAAUUGAAUUGGGCGAGAAGAAAGUCACGGCGUUGGUGGACGACUUGGCGGAGGCCCGCUUCGAGUUAUUACCGCCAUUGGAGGAAUAUGACUUUGUGAUUACCAGGCUGACAACCAGCGCGUUUUGUGACAACUUGGAGGUGAUCAAAGAGGGGUAGGUUUACACAUAGCUGAUAGAAGAAGUGCUCCAAGUGCGACGAUCAGAUUUGAUGAAGUUUGGCACAGAUUUAGAAUAAUUCUUUCUAACGCGCGCUUUGCAGAAACGAUCGAGAUUUUUAGAUAGCAAGAUGGAAAAAUAUGACAAUUUUUGGUGAAUUUGGCAUGGAAACUUCCAUGCUUAUUGGUACCACAGCGAAACCGGCAAAGGUCGGGCCCAAAACUGUGAUUAUCUCUGACCGCGCUCCGCCUUUUGCGUACUUUCUCGUCCGCAAGGAUUGUUGAAUAUCUCAAUCAUGCCUGCAAAGGGCAAGCUAAAAGUUUCAGCAAUUAAUAUGCGGUCUAUGCGCGACGUGUGUGCAAAAUCCAAAAAUAAAUCUGAGCGUCGCGCUUCAAACAGCUGGCUCGUAUGAGAAAACAAAUUCCAGUUGCCCAAUCGCCAACCUCAGCAACAUUGCGUAUGUCGGCGAGAUGAACACGGUAACCAGGACCGUAAAAACCUUCAACCUUUUGCCCAUGGAUUUCCUGUGCGACACCAAGAACGGGAUCGCUGUCCAUUACGAAUACGUCGUUUGCAAGGGAAAUUGUCAUCGGCCGGUGUGCCCGGGUCAGAAUGAAGAGGAGUUGGAACAGAAACGUAAGUGUUGGGCGGAAUUUAAGAGCCCGGUUUAUCCUUUUGAUUUUGACUUUUUAUAUACUGAAUAAAAAAUAUAAGGGGCGUAUUCUUGGAGCUUUCAGAGCUUCCCGUUGAAUUGCUCUAGUUAUUUUUUGUUUAAAUGCCCUCAUGAAUUUGGAAAAGCAAAAUGUUUAGGGCUUGGCAAAAAUUGUAAAACGACAUUCCAAAAAAAGGAAAAGCAAAGAAAAAACAGUCGUAUUUUCAGCGGAAAUCAAGUUAUCCAUCCGAAAGACCAGCCAGGUCCGUCCGACCCAACCGGACAUAAAAAUCACCCAAGACGAAAUUGAAGUGGUCUGCCGGAACGACGGGAUCCAUCUGAAUUUCAAAAUGGACAAGCCCUUCUACGGAGAGAUCCAUCUUGUCGAUUAUUAUGACACCUGUAAUUUGGGAGUGGUCAAUGAGACCCAAUUUGAAUUUAAUUUGGGGAAAUUCGGAAGGAGACGGCCAUUCGGCGGACAGAUGACGGACGAGGACUUUGAUCACACUGGAAAUUGCAGUCUGAGGUGGGUUUUGAGCCGAACAGAGGUAACAAAUUGGGAUAUGGUUCCAAAACUCAACAAAGUUGAGUAUGUUCUCACCUAUUUAUUAAGUGCAUGGACAGUUUUUCGUUUUUGUUCAAAUCUAAUGGAAGUCGCCACGACUUUUCGGGUCAGCGACAGUUCGGGUCAACGAUACUAUGGAUCGUGUCGGUCCGUCGUUGUAUGCAUGGGGGAGGCUAUGAGAAGACUUGCCAGUUUGUAGAAAUAAUAAGAUUGAUCGGGUUCUAGGACAGUUUAUCACCUUUUUUGAAGUAUUUUACAUGUACGCAUCAUCGAUAAUAUCUAGAUAAACGUUGUGGGUCUUCGGUUUUUGCCCCAAACGUUGGUCUUUUAUGUGUUACAAUAAGUCAGGAUACAGAAAACUAACGUUAGUAAUAGCAAAAAUUAGAAGAAGUCGACAUAUUGCAAAUCUUCACCGAGCCUUCGCCAAGUCUCCACCUUUCAUCCAACGGCUUUACCAGGCCUCGUAAGAAAUUCCUACAACCUUUUUUGGGUUCUUUGUGCCCGACGCCCCGUAUCCAUCAAUAUUGUUUUGACCCGAACUGUCGUAGUCCGAAAAGUCGGGACGCAAAAAAAGCCAUUUGCAUUGCGUAAAUGUUUGAGCAAAACCGCGGCGACACGGUUAAAAAAACUGCUUGAUAAAAAUAUUAUGAAAACAGUGUGAUUAAGCGUCAGUUUCAUGACAUUCUAGAUGGUCCCUCGGAGACGUUCCCUUCUUCACCGGGCAAAUCCUCAUCUCCCAGAACAAGCUUCGAAUGCCCGAACUGAUCACUUCCAUGGAUCAAGUCUUCAAAUUCACUUGUGAUUACUCCGAAGCGGCGCGUCGCAAGUCGACCACUCGACGUGGACUCGGCCGCGUUUCUCAAGUUUUCCCGUCACCCGACCGCGCGCAUUCCCCAUUCUCCCAACAAAUGGUCGACUCGAACGGGGAGCUGAACGUGGAUCUUGAUGAAAUCAUUGAAUUGAAUUUCGAAAUGGUCGAGACCACCCCCGAGUAUCAGGACUUUUACAUCAAGGAGUGCACCAUCGGAAGGAAAAGCCGAUUACGAUAUGUGGAACAUGGGUGAGGAAAUGCGAUGAUUUUUGGGGGUUACGUUCGUCUAGGGUUUUAUAAGGCAGUUGAGAAAGAAAGUCUUGGCAAAAACAUGAUGAAAGUCGGAGGAUUCGAACUACCUAAGAAAAAGUGCCUAAAGCAAUAUGAAAAUGCCCAAUGCAAUAUGAAAAUUUUGUCUGUUCCAGCUGCAUUAGCCCAACCUUCGAAAAUAAGCUGGUUCAUGGCGAGAUUGACAGUCAAUACAAGCGACAGAGGAGUUUCAAAAUCCAGCCUUUCCUGUUCAUGGACGACUCGGACCACAGUGCGUUGGAUGUGGAGUGCACUUUCGAAUACUGUGUGGGGGCUUGUGAGCAGCCGGAUUGUGCAGCCAUGGCUGAGGAGGAGAAGGAGGCAGAAAGGCGUGAGUUUUUUUAUUACUGCCAUAGGGGAUGAAUGUUUGUCGAUUUAAGUCAUGCAGGUUUCAUCGUAUAAAAUGUCGCAUUUAAGUUCAAAAAACGCAAGAAAAACGAAAGAAAUUUGUGUUCACAUGCUCAGGUUGAAAUCUACUAUGUUUCGAAAAUUUUAUUUUUGCGAAAAUGCGUCAUCGUGACAGGUUUUUCGGAGAUUUUUGUUUUUUGUCAUCAUCGUAUAAAAUGUCACCUUAAAAUAAAAAAGUGUGGCAAAAAAUAAAUUUUUGCUUUUUGGCUGUCUUGAUAAGUCAUCUUCGGUAUUUUUUACAAUUUUUUUACUUGGAAAGAGCGUCAUCGUGACAUGUUUUUGGAAGUUUUUUGAAAUUCCAUUCCUUAAUUUUUCAGCCACCGUGACCAUCAACGUCAACAAACUCAGUAUGGCCAAAGAAGAGACCACAGCACCCGUGAUCCCCACACACUUCAUUCAAACACUCUGCACUGGCAACGGAAUCCACGUGGAGGUUCGAGACCGAGAACCAUUCAGUGGAAGGUUUUACGCGAUGAGGCGCGCUCACGAUUGCUAUCAACAUUCAGAACACAGUGGAGUCAUCAACAUGUUCUUGGGUGAGUUUAGCGGGGUUUUCAGCUUUUUUUUUGAAGAAAAUUCUCUUUGCACAUUGAAAAAGUUUGGAGCCUAGGAGAAGGCUUUGUUAGUAGAAAUAAUAAGAUUGAUCGGGUCCUGGGAUGGCUUAUCACCCAUUUUGAGGUAUUUUACAUGUACUCACAUCAAUAAUAGGUAGAUAAAAGUUACGGAUCUUUGGUUUUUGCCGCAAAUUUUGGUAUGUUAGAAUAGCAUAGGACAAAGAAAACUAACGUAAGUAAUGGCUAAAGUUAUAAAAACUGGAGACAUUGCAAGUCUUCGCCAAGUCUCCGCCGAGCGUCCGCCGGACAUCCAGCUGCUUUGCCAGGCCUCGGAGGCACUUUCUAAAACCUUUUUUGGGUGUUCACCUGCUCUACGCCCCGUAUCGAUCAAUUUUGUUUUGACCCGAAUUGUCGUUGACGCGCACAGUUCUGCCUCAACAAUUACUCAUUUUUACACUGCAUUGUGCUUUUCGAUAUAUUCGUUGAAAGUUUGAGAGCGUUACAAAAAACAAAAUUAAAUUUUUUUAUCCCAAAAUAAUUCCAGGACUUCCCCAAAACUUCACUCAUCGCGUCGAACAGCCCAAUUGCGAUAUUCGAGAGUUCGAGAACAACACCCUUGGCCAGUUCUUGAUCUACGAACCGGACAACAGCAAGCUAGAUGGGCUUCUCACACCGCUGGACCGGAUCUACUGGAUCAAGUGUAAUUACAGCGGCUAUGUUCAUCAAGAUUCGAAUGGUGUGAAGAGUGUGGAGGAAUCGAUGGAACCGUUCUUCGGUAAGUAUUGUUCGACAAAAAAAACUUUUGUCGGAUUUUUUUAUAAUAGUUUUAUUUGGCGGCGUGGCCGGUUCUGGAUCGUCUAAUUCCGACAUACUCCUUAGGUCUUUAUUAGAUAUACCAAAAUGCAAAAUACAAUAAUAAACAUAAAAUAGAACCCCAAAACCACGGAGUGCCCCUCGGCCCCAUCCUCUCGGAGGGCCUAAAUAUGCGAUCCGAGGGUCACCUCCCUCUAACCUCUCGGUCACAUCGACUGGCCAACCGAUCGGGCAUUCGCCUCGAUCGGGCCGUUGACCUAGUUUCAAGAUCGAGUAAAGGGGCGGAGUCUGAACCCUUAACUCCUCCGGGCCUUUUAGAAAUUGCUUGUCCUCAAGCAAUAUGUACGGGUACUAUAUGUGACAAGACGAUCUCUUUCUUGAGCACUUAUUAUAUCUCAAAUAUAUAGACUGGGGACAAUAAAAAUUGGCAGAAAGACUAGAUUAAAUCGUAACAAUCUAUAAUACAAAUUAUGAAUAUGAAUUACAUCGUUAUCCGAAAUGUUCCGAUGAAAUUCCUUGAUGACGCUGAACUGAGGGCUGGCUGGCUGGUUGGUUAUACUUUGCUCGGCCACCAUCGGUCUGGUCUGUUUGCUGUUGAAUUCAGUUGUCGAUGAAAUGGGUCGAAUAGUUUUCCAACGUUCCUUUCUGCGGGGUUUUGGAAAAUCAUCGUCCUCGAUGAUCCAACGAAUUCUUCCAUGUAUAUUCAGCUUUAAACGUAGCUAUACGAAAAACAGCUGGUGGUCUUUGGAUAAAGAUUUAAUUUUCUCCAAAAACUCUACCACUGAACUAAAUUUUGGCAUCUUCAAUUUCUUUCUUUGGUCUAUUAUGACACACAAGCUAGAAAUGGAUGCAAUAUCAAUUGGCACACAUGUUUGCUAGUGUAGGUGGAACUUGUCGCAAUCGGUUGCUUGCACUUGCGAAACCAUGAAGCCACUUGAUUUAUAAACCUGAGUUUCCUCUUUUGGACAUUUUACAACGCAACGGUUCCGGGAAACGCUUGAGGUUGUUGUGCCAAAGGGUUACUAACGAUUUGUUUUUUUUUAUCCAUGAUCCAAUUGAUUGUCUUUAUCUGGUUUUUUUUUUUGACGAAUUAUUUUGUCAUGAAACACCGAACAGACGCAUCAACUAGGAUUCUGGCCAAGCCGGCUAAAGCCGUGCUCGACUUGAGAUUCCAACUGUCGGCCCCUUCAAAAAAUGGACCGAUAGAUGGCACUCUUAUAGCUUGCCUCUUUCUCGGUCGUGAAGACCGGGGGCAGCGGAUCGUCAAUUUCAAUUUUAAAUUUAGAAUUCAUGACUACACGGAUAAAAUUUUUUUGGAUUUUUUUUUGAUAGAUACUAACUACACUAAAGAGAAAAGAAUAGACUCAGAAAAAUAAACAACAGUGAACCUGAAAAACCUACGAACUCAAUAGCUCAACUAUGUGCAGCAAGCUGCCUACUAUUAAACUGGGUUUAAUAAAUAGUUUACUUACCUGGAGUUUCUUGAGGGUAUGGUUUCCUUGGCAGCUGAUGAUAUGAAGUCACGUUCCACGAGGUGUUGGUGAGUAGAUGUGACAAUUCUCCUGAGCCUUCCUCUUCUUUGGCCUUCCGUCUGGUGGCCAGGUCGCGUCUUUGGCCUUACGGAUUAAUGACUUAACGGGCCGCGACCGUAUUUUACAACCCCAGCAGAGGGCAACUGCUGUUGCGCUGCCUCUCUGUCGUAAAUCGGGCGAAUGGCUCGCCAAGUGGCGACCCAAUUUUAAUACGGGCAGAGGGUACCUGAAUUUACAGCGCCUCUCUGUCGUAAAUACCGACAGAAAUUUUGUCGACCAGAUGCGGCUGGCCAGGGACACUACCGUAAUUGAGGAUAAAGAAAAUUUUGAAAUUAAAGGUAUAUCUAACUAAACCUAAGAAAUAUGAACACCUACAACCCAUCCCAUGACCGGUUGGGAUCUAGCGAAACGAGGCCCCAUUUAGAAACCGCCAUAGACCGGCAUUCGCGACUACCGGCUAUAAUAACGGCCUCAUCUCCCCCGCUCUCUACGUGGCUGGAGGAGCUACCGUUGAGGACAGCUACUGUCUCGACAAUGGUCGAGAGCCGCGAAGACUAACUGAAGACCUCGCAACCUAGUCAUCUUCCAACCGGGCUGGGUUACCUAGAGUUGCGAUGUGGAAUAGACGGAACCACUCUGAGCUACCAGUUUUAUUUGGCGGCGUGGCCGGUUCUGGAUCGUCUAAUUCCGACAUACUCCUUAGGUCUUUAUUAGAUAUACCAAAAUGCAAAAUACAAUAAUAAACAUAAAAUAGAACCCCAAAACCACGGAGUGCCCCUCGGCCCCAUCCUCUCGGAGGGCCUAAAUAUGCGAUCCGAGGGUCACCUCCCUCUAACCUCUCGGUCACAUCGACUGGCCAACCGAUCGGGCAUUCGCCUCGAUCGGGCCGUUGACCUAGUUUCAAGAUCGAGUAAAGGGGCGGAGUCUGAACCCUUAACUUAAUAAAAUGCAAAAAAUUUUUUUUCAGGAAGUACGAUACUGGUCUAUCCUCGAAUCAGUGAUCAAAACGAACCGGAUUUCCAAAUUUUGGAGAACCAAUUUGUGAAAGAGACCUUCAACAUGGAGCUGUUGAAUGGAGACAAAUUAAUUGAUGUAAGUUUAUUUCCAAUUUUAUCGGAAAUGCUCUCGAUUAUACGGCCCUAAGAUUUCACUGUACAUCGAAUCUUAGGCGACAUUUUAUACGAUGAAAAUCAAAAAUUUUGAAAGUUUCUCCCUAAUACACGUUUCAUCGUAUAAAAUGACCCCAAAAACCAGAGCUCGGCGUAAUCAAUUCGCAUAAUCGCAGUUUGAGUGAAUUCUGAGUAAAUCCCAUUUUGUAGGUCUUCCCCACCGAAACGCUCCAAAUCGAGUUCGAAAUGGCGCCAAACCCGCGAUACGAGAACUUCAUGGUCACCGACUGCUGGUUCGGCAACGACCACAUGCCUCGGGACGAGAAGCUCCAACUCGUCACGCAGGAGGGCUGCCCCAACCCCUACUACACGCCGUUGAUGGGGGCGGAGCCCAUUCAUCGGAGCAACCUCGACCGGAAGGUGGUGCUGAAUGUGCACGCGUUCAUGAACCAGAGCACGUUGCUGAAGCGCGCGUUCGACUUCGAUUGUCAGCUGUGGUUCUGCGAGAAGGAGUGUCCGGUGCAGGAUUGUGCCAAAACCGCCGCGGGGCUGUUGCAUCCGCUGCACGGUGCGAUGGAAUUCUUGAGCGAAAUGUUCGAAACCAAAUAG